CCCUGGUAUUAUUUUGAAUGAAGUAUUAUCUUAACUUUUAGCCAAAUAAACAAACUACUAAUAAACGAAUAAAAAUGAAGUAUAUUUAAACAUUGAUUUAUAAAAAAGUGAUUUGCGUUUUUAUUAAAAAAAUAUUGUAUUUUGACUAACUGUAAAAAAUAUGAAAAUAUUGUGCUGACUAAUAUUUGUUACGUAUUAUAAUUUACAAAUAAAGCACUAUGGCAUCCUUUUUAAAUCAUAGAAAUGAUAGUUCCGUUUAUAUAGAAGAAGCUAUCACCAAGGAUAACGUAACUUAUUAUAAAAUUAUUGUUAAAGUCGGUUUUGUGCAGUGGGACGUAUGGCAUCGCUACAGUGAUUUUGUAGAACUUCACGACAAACUCGUCCGCGAUUAUGGCAUUGAACGGGAUUUGCUUCCGCCUAAGAAGGUCAUUCGUAACAAAACACCAAAAUUUAUUGAACACAGACGAGAAGGACUCUAUGAGUAUCUCAAAAAUAUAUUUAUCUUUUUGAAUUUGACCAUGCCUUCAGAAUUUGCUCAUUUCCUGGACUUCCAUUUAUAUGAUAUAUUCUUUUUGCUACAAGAUUUAGCAAAGAAACUAUUUUUAGAAGGUGACAAAAUGUUACAGAAUGAGAAAUCCCAUAAAUUCACACCAUUAGAGCUCCAUGCUAUCAGUGAAAGAUUUAAAAUAGCUUGUCCACCAACAGAGAAACUGGAUCAAAUGUAUGACUUUAGUCAUAUUUUGGACUUUUGUUCCCAAAUAACAUCUUUGAGUAUAGAGGGUAGUUAUCAAAUUCUUGGCACCAGUAAUAUUGUGCCAAAUGAUUUAAAGUUUGAUCUUAUACCCUUUAAGUCUUUGAUGGAUUUAAAAAUUCUUGGUGUGCCUAUGGCCUGUAUACAAAGUGUUGGGAGCUUACGAGCAUCAUUGUGUACAUUAUCAGUAUUGACUGCUACAGUUGUAUCUCUUAAUGAAUUUCUAUUAGUGGAUGUUCUACAUAAGGACCCAUCAAGUAUUACAGAUUCUAUGAUAUGGAAAAAAUUGACAAUCAUUAAUUUCUCAAGCAACAACAUAAACAAAAUUGACUGGGCUAUCCGCCUGGUACCAAAGUUGCAACAUCUCAACCUAUCAUCAAACAAGUUGACAGAACUGUGUGAUAUAUCUUGCCUCCAUGAUCUCCAAGUAUUAAAUUUAUCAAUGAAUAAUUUCAGUACUUGUGACAAUUGGCAUGCUAAAAUUGGUAACAUUGUUAAAAUUGAUUUAUCACAGAAUAAGGUUCAAUCAUUGCAGGGUUUUUCUAGAUUGUAUUCAUUGGAAAGUUUAGAUUUAAGUUGUAAUGUAAUCACAGAUGUUGAAGAGGUCCAGCAUAUAUGCAAGUUGCCUUGUUUAGAAUAUCUAUGGUUGACAGCAAAUCCUGUGGCCACAACCAUUGAUUAUAGAGUGAAGGUCAUAGAGCAAUUUAAUGCCAGAAUGUCAGAGCUUUGCUUAGAUAAUGAAAAAGCGUCCGAAAAAGAAUUGGAUACCGCAAGAGUUUUGCAAGCAUUAAGAGUAGUAAAGGAGGGUAAAACUCCAAGUUUCUUGCAAAAUAAUCACACAAGUCAUAGUUUUCAUAGAAGUUGACAAUUUAUGUUUUUAUUAGUUAAUUCUAAUAAAAACAUAAAUUAUGUUAACAUAUAGUAUUUGAUACUUUAUGUAUUGUGUUUUGUUUGUAUUUAGAAAAGCAUUCCGUUUUUAAAAUGAUUUUUAUUUGCAUAGCAUAAUGCAAUUAUUGUUGAAAAUAUACACAAUUUCUGUUUAAAGACUUCUACUUACACUCUAAAAGAUUAUAUGUGUAGAAUCUGAAAAUAGUAAGAUAUUUUCCAUCAAGAGAUUAUGCCACUUGAUUUGUCAACUUCAGAUCAAAGAUGAAUUAAAAUAUAGUGUUCUCUGACGUUUCUCAAAGACAAAUAAGUUUGUCUAAGAUUUGAGAUCCUGAGGUAAAA